GAAUCUACAAAGGACAUUGUUUCCGGAUCAACCACUUCCCUGAGGACAAUGACUACGACCACGACAGCUCAGAGUACCUUCUCCGCAUCGUCCGUGCCUCCAGCGUGUUCCCCAUCCUAAGCACAAUUUUGCUGUUGCUGGGAGGACUCUGUGUCGGAGCAGGAAGGAUUUACAACAGCAAAAACAACAUUAUUCUCAGCGCUGGGAUUCUCUUUGUUGCAGCAGGUCUCAGUAAUAUCAUAGGGAUCAUUGUCUACAUAUCGAGCAAUGCAGGUGACCCAAGUGACAAGCGAGACGAGGACAAAAAGAACCAUUACAACUAUGGCUGGUCUUUUUAUUUUGGAGCCUUGUCUUUUAUCGUGGCCGAAACCAUAGGUGUUCUGGCUGUGAACAUUUAUAUUGAGAAGAACAAAGAGCUGAGGUUUAAGACCAAGAGGGAAUUCCUUAAGACUUCUUCCAGUUCUCCUUAUGCCAGGAUGCCAAGCUAUAGGUACAGGAGGCGGAGGUCCAGAUCCAGCUCUCGCUCCACGGAGCCUUCUCCAUCCAGGGACAUUUCUCCAGUUGGCAUGAAGAUAGCAGGCACCAUCCCCAUGAACGAAAUCUCCAUGUACACCCUUUCCAGGGAGCCUUUGAAGGUUACCACGGCUGCCAGCUACAACGCAGACCAAGAAGCCAGUUUCCUGCAGGUCCACAACUUCCUCCAGAAGGAGUUUAAGGAAGGACUCCACGUCAACAUGGUCAACAGGAGAACGACGCCGGUGUGAAGCACCUUCCUUCCUCGUGCUUUUUGAAGAGAUGCCCAAGCAGAAUGGAUCUGUCAGGAGUGAUGUUAAAAUACCCUCUCACCUCUUUAAUUGUGGCAUGUGUUGAGGUAGCAAGUGGAGAUCCUCUGGACCAACAUAAAGAUAUUUACACGCUCGUAGCUUUUUUUGAAGCUAUUUGGAGUUUGUUUAUUUCCGUUCUUGGUGUCACAAGAUGAAGGCAGUUCAUGUUCCUGCACUUUUGUAGUGUCUACACAGUCUUGGAGAAACUGCAAAGGACUGGCCACCAGUGUGUUUUAAAGGAUUACAGAAAAUUUGUUGUACUUUUUUUUUUUUCUAAUAUUGAGAUCCCUUAAUACAAACUUGCAAAUAUAAUUUAUAACCAAGCCCAAGGAUGAAAAUGAGCUACUCAUCAAGUGAGCCACUUUCCUUCAACACGGCGUAAGCUUUGCCUCUUUCAAAAUAAAAAAAAAAAAGAAAAAAAAGAAAAAAAAAAGAAAAUAUUUUUGAAGGCAACACUUUCUAAAACUGACCUGUGCCACUGAAACCGUAGAGCACCCACGUACUGAGCGUUAGAGACUCUCUGAUGGGGUGGGAAGGGGGUCUCCCAUUCCUGGGGUAAGGCAUCCCUUGGGGCAGCACAGGCCGAGGAGCAGAGGGUGGGUGCGUCUUGAAACACCUGGAAAGGGAAACAGAUUAAAGCAGGUGGGACUUGAGCCUAUUUGCAAGCAUCAUUUCUUGCCUAACGUUUAGAAAACUUGAAUUCUCAUUUCGACGAGCCCUAGUGCCUGAUCCGGCAAGGUGCUGAGUGCUGGCUGUCAGGAGCCCCUGGAGAUUUGCCCGAGCACGGCGGGAGCAGGGCAGAGCCGCCGCCGAUUCCCCGAUUCCCUUCGGCUUCACAAGUGCAACACUAACGCUACUGGAAACAGAGAUCUCUGAGAAACCGGGAGAGAAUGGAAACAGAGGUCUCUGAACAACAGGAAGGAAUGGAAAUGGAGAUCUCUGAGCAACCUGGAGACGAUGGGAAACGGAGAUCUCUGAGCAACCAGGAGGGAAUGGGAAAUGGAGAUCUCUGAGCAACCUGGAGAGAGCCAGAAACAGAGAUCUCUGAGCAACCUGGAGAGAAUGGAAACAGAGAUCUCUGAGCAACCAGGAGGGAAUGGGAAACGGAGAUCUCUGAGCUACCAGACGAGAACGCGCCCGGACUCGCGAACCUUCCCGCAGCAACGGGAGCCGAGUGUCAGCAGAGCAGAUGACAACUUUGUAUUUUUUAAAACAGAACAAAAAAAAAAAAAAAAAAAAAAAAGAAAAAAAAGAGAAAAAAAUAAUCACCGUUUAUGAGAUAUUUAUUAAACUCUUUUUAUUAUGAAUUAAGUGCCGCAUGGUGCAAGGUAUAGUUGCUUUUAGAUGGAAAUGGUGGUUUGACCUAAUUUAAUUUAUUUUGUAAUGAUGCAUCUACUUACGUGCAGAGAGCCCACAGCAAACUCUAUGCAUCACGUAAGGAGGGAACUAAUUUGUACCCUUUGCUUCUGUCUGUUUCUAAAAGAGUCUGAAUAUUAUUUUCUUUUCUUAUAAAUUCCUGCUUUCAGUUUUUAUACUUAGGCUUGGAUCUCAAAGCUCGAUGGCCUGACUCAAAGGUAAUUUAAUUUAAUAGUACUCAUGCUGAUUUUAGUGACCACUCGACCAAGCCAUAUGAGAAUGAGGUGCCCGAUUCCCCUCAGAUGAAUUAGAUGCAGUGAGAGAGGAGCAUCUAAUUCCUGUAGAUUCCUCUGAAUAGCCCCAUCAUCUUCACCCAGAAAAUCUUUGCUAGCAGAACACUCCACAAGAAAAAAAUCCAUAAUUUGGAAAGUUUGGGUCACUGGUAGUGGGAGAUCUCAGCCAAACUGUUAAAACCUCUUUAGUCUUAAUUUAUCCUCUGAUGGCCCCAGAGUCAGACUCAGUGGUGGUUUGGAUAUGAGGCUUUCAGCUAGUGGAACCAAGUCCUCCAGGGAAAUCCUGGAGCAGCUGCCUUAACAUCCCAAAAAGGAAGUUGAACCCCUCUCCCCCCAGAGAAACCCACUCAAGCCUCUCUCCUUGCAAGAACCAAGACACAAUUCUCAAUUUUAAGCGAGAGUCUUCCCCUAGUCACUGUUAAGCUCUGCCUGGCCCUCAGCCUGGCACAGCCUCAUCGUUAUUUUGGCAGGGGUGGGUUGGAGCCUUCAUCCCUGCUCAUUAAGAGUUUCCAUUCAGGUUAAAACUCCGCUGGGAUCCUUUUUUCAAACCUCUGAACUCUGAGAGCUAAAGCGAAUGGAGCGAUGGGAAUGAUUUAAAACUAGAAAAUGUUGUGCUACUUUCUGUAUCAACACACUAUGGAGAAAGAUGUUACACAAGCUUUUUAAAAAAAAUUCAAACAGAGGCAGAAAAGAAAACUUUUUUACCUACUUUUCGGCUAGGACAACAUAAAAGGGUUCUAAAAUUAUUAAAGUUCUUGAUGAAAGGUUUUUUUUACAAGAAUCUUUAUGCUUUCAAACAAUAAAUUAUUUCCUACUUUUUGAGACUUCGUAAUAUUAAAAUACUUUGAUUAGCUAUGAUAGAAGUAGAAGUUUGCAAUGAAAAAAAAUCCAACCUUCUGUCUCAUUAGUGUGUCAUACUAAGUGCUAAUUAAUUUACAUCUAAUUAUAGUCAAUGUAUUUUUCAAGUGCAAUUUCCCAGAACUAUUUGUUUCCCACUGUGUUAAAAAACUAAUAGUUAGAACUAAGUCCUCAUCCGUGUUUCCUGUAAUUAAGAAUAAAACCAUUCCCUUUCAAACCAGGAGUUAGAUAUAGGCUGUUUCUCUAAUCUCAUGUACCUUGAACUGGAAGUGGACAGUGUCAGGUUUGCUCGCGCGUGGGUUUUGUUCUUUUAGUCGUCGUUCUCCAGUGAAUGUGCUUCAAACCACCCAUCUGAUUCCAGACAAAGCCCAAGGAUUUUCUCCAGCCCAGCUCAGCCCUGCAGAGGCACGUGCAGUGUUUUUGGCAGAGAAAGUCUUGCUGAGCGUUUUGGGAUGUUGCUCUUUGCCUCCUCCCCCGGGGCAGGGCUGGGUCCAGCAGCUCUCCAGGAGUGAUGCCCUGAUUUGGUCCAAGCUGGAGCAUCUGCUCCUUCUCCAGCAGGCACCUUCAGGAAAUGGAGCUGGAGGGGGGAUCAUGAGAUGCUCAUGGGGUCUGGACAGGGAACAAAGUCAUGUGGACAUAACAGGGACCAGAGCUUUUCUCCUGUGAGACAACGAGGGCUGCGACUGAAAACUCAGCAGUUAAGUUGCAGUGCAGCAAAUUGUUCAACCAAAGCCAAAACCAAAAACAAAUCAUUUGACAACUCCAGAAAACAAACAAACAAAAAUAAAACCACAAAAAAACCCUCAAAAAACUCAAAACCCUGGUCCUUUUCCAUGAAAAACUUUGAUUCUGACAAAACUGAAAAAUUUGCAGCAUUCCUGCCCAUGAGCAGUCUUGCUCCAUGGUUGAUCUAUCUCAACAGAGUCAGAUUGUGCUCAGCCUUUGAAACCACCCAGUGAUAGCUUAAAAAAAAUUAUCUGUUCUUCCACAUCUCUCUGGUUUCCCUGGACAGCAUCUAACAAAUGAGCCCCAUUUCCCAGCAAGGCCUGCAGAUACCAUAAAACCAUAUCAUUAGCAAUUAUCAGUCUUUUGGUAUAUAACACACUGUAGAAACAGAACUAAAAAAAAAAAAAAAAAAAGCUAUUGGAUCAGAUUUGAUUUUCCAAGAAACAAAACUUCAGGUAUACCAUGAGCUCUCUCUUCCUUGUUUCUCAUACACAAUAGGAGUAAAAGGAGAAAUCACUUCAGCUGCCCAGACAUCUAACAAUAAACUAUUUUUUCUGUUUCUUUUUCUCUCUGUAUGGAUCACAUAUCCACAAGGGCUAAUAUAUCAUGUCCCUUGAGGCUACAUUUCUGUCUGCAGUUCUAAAGUGUUAUUUCCACUGUGCUUCAGUUCUACUGGUAUAAUCACAACCAUGUAUAAUGUACUUAAUCCUUACUUUUUAAAUAAACCAUUUUAAAUGUA